AUGAGUUCUGACCUAGGCCAUCCCAGACGGUGGAGCUUAAUCUUGUCCUUGCUGGACAUGUGCAUCUCCGAGAUCCAAUAUGAUGUUCGCCUAUGUCUUAUCUUUCUAAUUGGUUCUUGUGAAAUGAAGAAGCGAAAGUUUAAGGAAGAGGAGAGGAGGAAAUUUCAUGAAGCAGAGAAGGCCAAGGAAGAGCAACUUUCUAAAAAACGUCGGAGAGAAGAACGGCGGGAGAAGUUCCGUGAGCAAGACAAACUAAAAAAGAAAAUCCGGAGGGAUUCUGGGGCCUAA